GUUAGUAGUUUUCAACAAAACUCCACUGCGAAAGCUUUUAAUUUGAUUUCCGGAUUGAUUAAAUAAAAAUGACGAGUGUCAAGAUAUUAGCCGUAGUGAUCAUUGGAUUACUUCAGGUGUGUACAGCUAAUCCGAUUUCUUCACAAGAAGAAGAGGAUCUAGCGAAUCGUUUUACAGCUGAUGAAUUAACUCGCGCAAAAAAUGCUGGAAUACCACGACAUGCGUUAAUUGAUAGGAUGUCCGGUUACACAAUUGACGAAUUCAUUAAAAUUUGGGCAUUGAAAAGAAGUCCAUCAGUCAUUGAAAAUGUGGCUAAUUUGUGCGAAAUUUUGGUUCCUGGACAAAAAAUGCCAGCUAAUUACACCAAAGAUCAGGAAGCAGUUCUUAAGAAUUUAUUUAAAUUAUACGAUCUUCUACCGAGCAGAGAUCAUUUGGCUUCCUUUUAUCGCUCCACAGUCUGUAACUUCGUUAUAAAUCCGCAUUUGCUUUCAUUUGGCCCAAAAUUUAUUCCCCACAUGAAAAUUCGCUUGAUAAAAAUGCACAAUUUAAAUCGUUCAGCCUUACAUCGCGUUACCACGGCUACAGAAAUGUGCUGCAUCGAUGCAGGCGGUGAAAUUAUGUUCUCCGACGACAAAACCUGUCGAUUACGCGGUAAAGAAUUGAACGAGUUCGAAAAAAAAUGGAACGACUUCGAUACAUCAAAUGUGCCGGAAUCGAUUAUAAAUUUGUGCAAUUUCCUUCAAUCAACGAAUGCAUUUAACAGCUACCAAUGCCAGAAAGUAGGAGAUCUAGAGAAACUAUUUACGGCCGAUGAAUUAACUCACGCAAAAAAUGCUGAAAUACCACAAUAUCAAUUGAUUAAUAUGAAGUCUGCCGGUUUGACAAUCGACGAAAUUAUUAAAAUCCUCGCAAUGACAUAUACAACAUCAAAAUAUGAAAAUGCGGCUAAAGUGUGCGAAAUUUUGGUUCCUGGUCGCAAUAUGACAUCUAAUUACACCGGAGCUCAGGAAGCAAUUCUUGAAAGUUUAUUUGAAUUAGAAUACCUUGCCCCCAAGAAAAACACUACUUCCGUUGUGCGGACAACUAUCUGUGACUUCGCUCUAGAUCCACAUUUGCCUUCAUCUGGUCCAAAAUUUGUUCCUCACGCGAUAAUUCGUUUGUUGAAAAUAUACACUAAAACUGAUUCAGGCUUAGAUCGUCUCAACCUCGCUAAACAAAUGUGCUGCAUAGAUGAAGUUGGUAAAAUGACGGGUUAUUAUGAAGGAAACAGUGGAUUACGCGAUGGUGAAAUGAACGAAUUCGAAGAAAAAUGGAACAACUUCGAUACAGCAAAUAUAUCGGAAUCAAUCAAACGUUUGUGCGACUUCCUACAUUCAACGAAUACAUUUGACGACGACCAGUGCCAGAAAGAUACUUCAUUCGUUGAAAGUAAAUUGUAAUCCAUUAAAUGUUUUCAUUGUAUCAGACAAGAAUAAAAAUGUUUCGUAAUUUCGUG